GUUGGGGCUACGAAUACUUAAAGCAUCGUCCUGUAUAGCCGCAAGCAGCACAACACACCAGACCACACCAGACCACACCACUAUGAAGCUCUCGUUCACCGCUCUUGCGUCCAUCGCAAUCACCCUGACCGUCGCCCCUGUCGCCCAGGCCAUCGCUCCAUUGGGUUUCAACUUGGGUGUCAAGGACAACUCAGGCGCAUGCAAGACGGGCGAGGAGUACGCCGCCGACUUCGAGACUUUGAAGCCUUACUCGAACCACGUGAAGGUAUACUCUGUCUCGGACUGUAACACGUUGGAGUUCAUUGCACCAGCUGCGGAGACUGCCGGUUUCAACUUGACGUUGGGCGUCUGGCCUACCCCAUACGAGAAGUACACAUUGGAGAAGCAGACUUUGCAACAGUACUUGCCAACGAUCUCCAAAUCGACGAUUUCGUCGGUCUUGGUCGGCUCAGAGGCCCUCUACAGAGGAGACCUCACCGGGGACGUCUUGGCCUCCUACAUCACAGAGGUGAAGGAGCUCCUUGCAGGCAUCUACGACAAGGACGGCAAGUCCUACGCCGGCGUUCCAGUCGGAACCGUCGACUCGUGGAACAUCCUCGUCAGCGGCGAGGCUUACGCUCCAAUCAACGCUUCGGACAUCAUCUUUGCCAACGCCUUCUCCUACUGGCAAGGACAGACCCAACAGAACUCGACGUUCUCCUUCUUUGACGACAUCAUGCAGGCCUUGCAGACCGUCCAGACCAUCAAGGGCUCCACUGACAUCAACUUCUGGGUCGGCGAGACUGGCUGGCCAACCGAGGGCUCCAACUACGGCGCCUCCGUUCCUUCAGUUGAAAACGCACAGACCUUCUGGAAAGACGGUGUCUGCGCCAUGAGAGGCUGGGGUAUCAACACCUUUGUCUUCGAGGCCUUCGACGAGUCCUGGAAGCCAGAAACUUCCGGCUCCUCCGUUGAACCUUACUGGGGUAUCUUCACCGACGACCGUUCCCUCAAGUACUCCUUGAACUGCUCCUUCUAAUCACGGGCACAUGCAUAAAUACCUCCAUAUCUCCAUACCAUUUAUUGUUUCAUAUUCACUCGUCUUCUUCCCGUGAGCCUCUUAGAGGGAAAAGAAAAAAAAUUAAACUAAAUCAAAAAGUCUGUCACUCUUAUACUACGACUACUACUACUAGCACAAAG